GCAAGAAAAGAGUGGGUGGAAAGAGCAGGAGGAGAAAGAGAUCAAGCCCAGCCCACUCUAGUUCAGCGUGUGAACUGUAUUGAGUCUGGUCAGAAUGGGUUUUACUCCUCACACGCUGCAUGAUAAUAUCCACCUCCAGCUGUCAUAACAGUGGUCUGUGGAACAUUAAGUCUGGAAAUCAGAGUUGCUCUCUUCUGCUCUCUAGUGGAGAACGGUGUUGGGACGCUACAGGAUGCCACUGGAAAACAAGGAAUAAGUUUUUAACUCGGCUAAUGGCCACAUCGACUAAACGAAAAUAAAGCAAAACAAGCUCUUUGACCUUGAGCAGCUUCAGCACAAUGCCCAACCAAAGAACUUGAAAGUAUGAAAGUAACCCAGCACUGAAAGCCCAGUGAGGACGAUUUAGCCUUUCAAUCAAACAAAAAAAAUGAAUUGUACUUCCUCCUCCUCAAGGUCCUCCUCACAGUCUUUCUCCAGCUUUUAUGCUGAUUAUUAUAACAACAGUGUCAUUUUGCUGCACUAUAAUUGCGUAGGGAAACUGACUCAGGACAAAUACAAGUAUGGGCUCAAACCAGAAGCUAUCGCAUUCAUUCUGAUUUGCCUGCUUAUUGUUGUGGAAAACACAAUUGUGCUGGUGGCCAUCUGGAAGAACAAAAAGUUUCACCUGCCCAUGUAUUACUUACUAGGCAACCUGACCCUGUCGGAUCUGCUGGCUGGAUUCACGUACAUGGUCAAUAUUAUCACAUCAGGGCACAACACUCUUCAUUUGACCCCACUGCUUUGGUUUGUGAGGGAGGGUGGUGUCUUCAUCACGCUGGCCGCAUCAGUCAUCAGCCUCUUGGCCAUCGCCAUUGAGCGUCACAUCACCAUGGUGAAGAUGAAGCCCUAUCAUGGGACCAAGCGCAACCGCAUGUUUGCCUUGAUUGGUGCCAGCUGGGCGCUGGCUGUGUUGCUCGGCGUGCUGCCCAUCAUAGGCUGGAACUGCAUGCAUGAACUCCAACUGUGCUCUACUGUGCUUCCGCUCUAUGCCAAGAGCUACGUCCUGUUCUGCGUCACUGUCUUCAGUGCCAUUCUGCUUGCCAUUGUGGUGCUAUACGGACGCAUCUUUCACACUGUCAAGAGAAAUACAAAGAGGUUAGGCAGCUUACGGCGCAAGGGCUUGGCACGCCGCUCACAGAAGUACAUGGCCCUGCUUAAGACGGUUACCAUCGUCCUGGGAGUCUUUAUUGUCUGUUGGAUGCCACUCUUUCUGCUCUUACUGCUGGACUUUGUAUGCCAAACUGGUAAAUGCUCCAUCUUGUUCAAGGCGGACUACUUUCUUGGGGUGGCCAUGAUCAACUCACUGAUCAACCCAAUUAUAUACACACUGACGAGCAAGGACAUGCGCAAGGCCAUUAUUAAACUGCUCUGUCAUCAGUGUUUGAUCAACGAAGAUGGACAAGUAAAGAAGAUCGGAAUACCGUUCCUGGAGUGCAGCCUAAGCAAACCAGAGACAGCCAUUCACCGUGGCCUUGAGACUACCAUGUCCUCAGGGAAUGGCACAUCCUCCCCAAUUCGAAUCAUUUCUCCAAAAAUCAAAGCUGUCAAACUGUGAAAACUCUGUGUCACCAGGUGCUGGAACAUGAUGCCAAUGCACCAGAGAUUGCCUGAAGCUACUAGCACUCUUUGAGAAUGAAAUAAACACUUGAGGGUUCUCGGGACAAGCUGUCACAGGCAAAACGGGAGCUCUGAUAAGGUUCGUGCUUAAGUCAUUUUGACAGAUGUCAAAAGGCAAACAGCGUGAGAAACUGCCUUGUCAGCAUCUAUCUAACGCAAAAAAGUCGGAGCAUGCCCAAGUUCAAACACACAGCGUUGUAUCCCCUAUGGGACUAAAAUAUGAACUUGGCGUCAGACUUAUGGAGUCAUGGAUCAACAGAGGUGCUUAAAUUGUGAAUUAUGCCUAGACCUUGGUAUCAUGAGAACAAAAGCCUACAGGGUUAUAACACCUGAAUGUGGCACCUAAUGCGGGGCCAAAUUACUGUCAUGGACAACAUAUGACUGCUAUACAACACUGUGGCUUUAAAUCUGUAUCACUGUUUUGAAAGUUUCGAGAGUCAGAAAGGUUACUGUACCGAGAGAGGAGAAUAAGCUGGUACGCAAUAGGCGGUGUGUAUGUUUCGUCCUGUUACACAACCAGAUGCAGGAUCCUCAGCGGAAAAUUCAAAAGCUAAUAAAAACAAACCUGUGGGAAUUUCUGAAGGUAAAUGAAGCCCUCCUUUUGCAAGCACUUGGAAAGAAGUUAGUACUUUAUUUUGCAAGGUCCAGAAUUUCAGUCCAGUAGUAGCUACGGUCAACUAAAUAGACUUUACAAUCAGAUCACCCUGAACAAUGAUAAUCUAGGCUUUUUCUUUUUCCUUUUCUCAGUAGAAAUCUAGGCAAGCUAGCAUUCAGAUCCACAUAGCAUUCGAGGCAUGUGAUGUUCCAUGCUUAAUGAAAAUUUGCCACAUCUUUAUAAUUCAUGCACAUGUAAAUAUUCCUGUUGCCGCUGAUUACCAAAAUGACCACUCUGUGUGUAGAAUGUAUUUCAUGUUUCGAACAAGUCAAUCAGUCACUGUGUACAGGUAUUUUUGGGGGUUUUUUUUGUCCUUACAACGUAUUUUAUAUUGUUCUUAUAACUGUAGAGAAGUUUUCUAUUUUUUAACAUCCAAAUGAUCUUAAAUUAUGUGCCUUUUUGCAUUAUGCCUACAAUAAUAAAUGUCAUGUGACCAGAACUGAU